AAUUAAGAUGGUGGAAAAAACAUCGGAAACGUAAACGACAACGAAAUUAUUCACAUAUGUAUGAUACUAUAUAAUUUAAGUUCUAUUCAAUGCAGUAGUGUGUAAUGGUUUUCUAUAAGAGCUGAGUUGCUUUAGAUAUGACUGAAAUUUGAGGGAAGGUGUGAGAAGAUGUCGCUGUUUAAACGGUUACUCAACAAAAGCCCUGACGAUGCUAGAUCACCAGGCACACCCCCUCAUGGCAUGCAGACCAUGGGGGCACAGCUGCAGAGGCGGUUUGCUAAAGGGGUGCAAUACAAUAUGAAAAUUGUAAUAAGGGGAGACAAAAAUGUAGGCAAGACGUGUUUGUUUUAUAGACUUCAGGGACAGAAGUUUAAAGAAGAGUACAUUCCUACUGAUGAAAUUCAGGUGACCUCCAUCCAGUGGAACUACAGAGCUACGGACGAUGUCGUCAAAGUGGAAGUUUGGGACGUGGUGGACAAAGGCAGGAAACGACGCAAGCUUGAUGGGCUGAAGAUGGAUAACUCUGAUAUAAACAUUCCAGAAGAACCGUGUCUAGAUGCUGAGUUUUUAGAUGUUUACAAAGGCACUCAUGGGGUCGUCUUUGUGUUUGAUAUAACAAAACAGUGGACCUUUGGAUAUGUGGAACGAGAGAUGGAAAAAGUCCCAAGCCAGCUUCCAAUACUGGUUCUUGGUAACCAUAGAGAUAUGGGACACCAUCGCACAGUGACUGAAGAGAAAGCUCGGUACCUUGUUGAACAGUUCCAGAGAGACAGGCCAGAAGGUUCUGGUAAGAUCCGCUAUGCUGAAUCUUCAAUGAGAAAUGGAUUUGGUUUAAAAUACCUUCACAUGUUUUUCAAUUUACCUUUCCUGCAACUUCAGAGAGAGACCCUGCUGAAACAGCUGGAGACCAACACCAAUGACAUGUUGUCUACAGUGGAGGAGCUGGAGAUCCAUGAGGACUCUGAGGAACAGAACUAUGACAUAUUCCUGGACACCCUGACCCAGAAGCGCAGGGAACAGCAGGAGAAACUCUCGGAGAAAGUCACCUCCAGCGCUGCCAUCAAACAGGACAAGUCUGGCGCCCUGGUUGGCAAGGACGGGGCACCGGUGGUCAUGCCCCCUGUCACAACCAACAGUGGGGGAAUUCUGGGUAAGAUCACCACAACAAUCAGCAACAGUGGCUCAGCAGGACCAGCAGUUACUUCCUCUUCUCAGGUAUCCAGGUCGACCUCACAGCCUACUAUAUCAGCCACACCCCCAAGUAGUGUGCCUGACCCCACCCCCAGCCAUCACCCACAGGACCAGGCAUCCAAUCCACCCCGGGGCAGUCAGUCUGAGACAACAACCCCAGCCACAACUCCGCAGGUUGAAACAGCCAAGUCAGGCUUAUUUUCACGUCUGUUCAAGGGCAGCAAAAGUCAGACGGCAGCUGUGAUUCCACCCAAAACAUUAGAUUUACCAUCCUCUGACUCUGGGCAGCCGACCAUGAAAAGUGUAGAAGAUUUUGUUCCUGACCUGGAUGGACUGGACAUUGGUUUCCUGGAUGAUGGCAAAGAUGUGCAGCUGAAAGAUACAGGGAAAGUUGACGAUGAGGACAGCGAAGAUGAUGAAGUGAAUCCUAUGGUAGCAGGUUUUCAAGAUGACCUUGACUCUGAGGAUGAACAGACCCCAGCCGGUUUAACCCAGGCUGUAGCCACGCACACAUCAUCAGAGGACGAAGCACCGGUCAAAAGUUCUAAAGUUAUUAAAAGCCGCGUUGAUACAGAUGAUGAGGACAAUGACAAUAGACACAACAUGGCUGUCCAGCAGGACGAAGACUUGACCAGCGACGACGAGCCUGCCCGGCCACCCGUGAAAACAAACUCAUCUAAAAAUAGCUCAUCGCAAAGUUCUGUCACAAAGUCGUCACAUUCCACAUCUUUGAAGAAAUCUAAAGUCACCGCAGCGGAGGUUGAGGUGUCAGACUCUGAUGAAGAGGAGAGAAUUGUUGUUCAGAAUGAGAAGGACAAACAGGCCUCAAAUUCUUCAAGAUCUACAAAUGGUGCAAAAUCUGGCAAUAAAACGAGCAAUAAAAACAGUGCAUUGGUUAAUGGUGCAGUUAAAAAGAAGAAACAGAAGGGUGGGGAUGAGAGUGGUGGGGACAGCAGCACGGUUGAAGAUGUUGUGACUGUCACAGAGAGUGAUGGUGAAUCUGCCCCGCCCACAAUGGAGUUACCUAAAGAGGAUUUGAACAACUGGCUGGAUCAGUUUGAGUCAAAGGUGUUUGGUGUUUCAGAGCCCACAUCCCAGCCCUCAUCCCAGCCCACAGAGAAGGCUGUGAAGGUCAGUGCGAAACCUUCCAAGAAACAGGUGGCGAAAAAGGUGGAGGUUGAUGAUGAUGAUGAUGAUGACUCGGAUGAUCAUAGUCGCACAUAUAAAGUCAAGAAAAUUUCUUCAGAUAUAGAAGAGUCAGAAAACCCACCGAAUGUGAUAAAAAAGAAAAAGAAGAAGAAAUCAGACGAUAAGGAUGAAGAUAAAACAGAGAAGAAACACAAGAAAAAGAAGGAGAAAGAGGACAAGAAAAAAGAUGGUGCUGGCAAGAAAGAGAAGACCAGUAAAGGAGGGGCGACGGUGAAGAAGGAAAAGAAGAAAAAGAAAAAAGACGAUGCACUUGAUGCUGACAAUGACCUUGAAGCAUUUUUAGGAAGUCCUGGUGGUGAUUAUGAAACAUUAUAGCAUUCGGUUUGGAGAGUUUGUUCAUGUCAACUUGUAAACUUUGCUCAGAACUGUGGGUUGCUUUUUUCAUUUAUUAGAUAUGUCAACAUUUUGUUUCAUAAGAAUAUGAAUUUAUGCUAGUUUUUAAAAAGAUGGACUUUUUCAAACAUAGUGUUUACCACCGAAAACAAUUUUGAAUUGUUUAUAAAGUUUUAUCAGCACAAAAAAAAAUACAUUAACACCAGAUGGUGUUAUCAG